GAGACCUGCAGAGUUGGUUAGCAGGACAGAGGGAUUAAACACUUUGCUGGAGACAAUACAAGGACUUCAACAGCAGCCAUGGUGGACGCAGCGGCAGCAGAGCAGUUCCUGGAUGCCAACCCGCAGUUCGCCAAGCAGUACUACGACAACAACUUCCGGCCAAAAGUAAUCUCAGAACUGAUGGACAACAACCGGAAGGCUGUGUUGGACAUCAGCAAGUUCCACGACCUGACGAUGGUGGAUGAGAGCGAGGUCCUUUUCGACCUGGUGCGGGACAUCCAGGACAACCUGCAGAUGGAGAAGUCUGUCUUCAACCUCAUGAAGCACCUCAGCUUCAUGAUGAGGGCCGACCGCAUGAGUCUUUUCAUGUACCGACAGAGGAAUGGAGUGGCUGAGCUGGCAACCAGGUUAUUUAAUGUCCACAAAGAUGCCUCGUUUGAAGACUGCCUGGUGCAGCCUGACAGUGAGAUCGUGUACCCUCUGGAUCUCGGCAUUGUGGGCCACGUGGCUACCAGCAAGAAGAUGGUCAACAUCCCUAAUGUGGCUGAGAGCCCUCAUUUCAGUGACUUUGUGGAUGAGCUGACUGAGUAUCAGACCAAGAACGUCAUUGCCAUCCCCAUCAUGAAUGGUAAAGACAUGGUGGCCGUCAUGAUGGCCAUCAACAAGUUGGACGGGCCACACUUCACGACGAAGGAUGAAGAGACCCUGAACAAGUAUCUCAACUUUGCGAACCUGCUGCUGAGAGUUUUCCACCUGAGCUACCUGCACAACUGUGAGACCAGGAGGGGACAGGUGUUGCUGUGGUCGGCCAGCAAGGUGUUUGAGGAGCUGACAGACAUAGAGAGGCAGUUCCACAAGGCCUUGUACACAGUCAGGGCUUUCCUCAACUGUGACCGCUACUCUGUGGGUCUGCUGGACAUGACCAAGACCAAGGAGUUCUUCGACCUGUGGCCAAUCCUGAUGGGAGAGGCUGCACCAUAUGACGGACCCAAAACUCCUGAUGGCAGAGAAAUUGUCUUCUACAAACUCAUUGACUACAUCCUUCAUGGGAAGGAAGACAUCAAAGUCAUUCCGAAUCCUCCAGCAGAUCACUGGGCCCUGAUCAGCGGUUUACCAACCUACGUAGCAGAGACCGGACUGAUUUGCAACAUAAUGAAUGCAUCUGAGGACGAAUUUUUCAACUUCCAGAAAGAGCCUCUGGAUGAUUCCGGCUGGACCAUUAAGAACGUCCUGUGUAUGCCAAUCGUCAACAAGAAAGAAGAGAUAGUGGGUGUGGCCACGUUCUAUAACAGGAAGGAUGGGAAACCCUUUGAUGAAAUGGACGAAACACUGAUGGAGUCUCUCACCCAGUUCCUGGGCUGGUCCAUGCUGAACCCCGACACCUACGAUAAGAUGAACAAGCUGGAGAACAGGAAGGACAUCUUCCAGGACAUGGUGAUGUACCACAUCAAGUGUCGCAAGGACGAAAUUCAGAACAUUCUGAACACCAGGGAGAGAUGGGGGAAGGAACCAGAUGAGUGCGAGGAGGAGGAGCUCGAAGAGAUUCUGUCGGAGGUCUUGCCCAACUCCAAGAAAUCUGAGAUUUUCGAGUUUCACUUCUAUGACUUUGAACACAGUGAAGUGGAAUUGGUGAAAUGCGGCAUCAAGAUGUACUACGAACUGAAAGUGGUGGACAAGUUUCAUAUUCCCAGAGAGGCCCUGGUGAGGUUCAUGUACUCUCUGAGUAAAGGCUACAGGAGGAUCACCUACCACAACUGGAGACACGGAUUCAACGUGGGACAGACCAUGUUUACCCUGCUGAUGACAGGUGAUCUGAAGCGUUACUACACUGACCUGGAGUGUAUGGCCAUGGUGACUGCCGGCUUCUGUCACGAUAUUGACCACAGAGGAACUAACAACCUCUACCAGUUGAAGUCUGGUAAUCCUCUGGCGAAGCUUCAUGGCUCCUCCAUCUUGGAAAGGCACCAUCUGGAGACUGGCAAGACUUUGCUGAGAGAUGAAGGGUUAAACAUUUAUCAGAAUCUGAACCGCCGUCAGCACGACCUCGUCAUCCACCUCAUGGACAUUGCCAUCAUCGCCACUGACCUGGCUCUCUACUUCAAAAAGAGGACAAUGUUCCAGAAGAUCGUGGAUCAGUCCAAGACCUACGAGUCCUGGAACGACUGGACCAAGUACAUGAUGCUGGAGACCACACGCAAGGAGAUUGUCAUGGCCAUGAUGAUGACUGCCUGUGACCUGUCUGCCAUCGCCAAACCGUGGGAGAUUCAGAGCAAGGUGGCGCUGUCUGUUGCAGCAGAGUUCUGGGAGCAGGGAGACCUGGAGAGGACUGUCCUGGAGCAGCAACCCAUUCCUAUGAUGGACAGAAACAAAGCAGCUGAUCUCCCAAAGCUGCAGUGUGGUUUCAUCGACUUUGUUUGCGCUUUUGUGUACAAGGAGUUCAGUCGCUUCCAUGUGGAGAUCACCCCUAUGCUGGACCGCCUGCUGAACAACAGGAAGGAGUGGAACGCGCUGAAGGAGGUGCACGAGGCUAAACUGGCUGCCCUCGAGGAGGCCAAGAAAGCCAAGGAGGAGGCAACUCAGAAAACUGAAGGGGAAAAACAAGCGAGUGCAGCCCAGUCACAAUCAAAGACUUGUACUCUCAGCUAGAGAUGCUUCAGCAGCACCAGGUUGAUUGCUACAUGGUUGUGGUCCAGCGCUGGCUUUUCACAAAAAAAAAAAAACGUAUUCCUCCUCAUUUCCUGUGAUAGUGUUGUGAUCGCAUGUGAGAAAUCCAGCACAUCCUCCACUUCAAAAUACCUGAUACAAUUCUCUCCUAUGGCUGUGUUUAUUGAUACUUGUCUCCUCUACUUUAACCUGUUGUGUUUUCCUUCUGCACUGCUUCUUCCUUUCUGUCCUUCGUUUUUGAAUCAAUAAUUAGAUGCUCAUGGCUUGAUGGUAAGGCACUCAUGACUGCUGCAAUUUAGUGGUCAUGGAUCCACCUGAGGGCAGGUGAAGUAGCAGAAUCCUCAAAGCUGUUUAUAAAUGAGCUGUGAUCUGACUGGACUGAGCUGGACAUGCUGUUUGACUGCAGUAACAACAUGACGACUUUCUUGAAGGGAUAGCGGUAUGCAUUAUGAUGUAACUUAGUACUGCACCAUGCUAAAAUCUUUGAUACUGAUGACUGGUUAGUCUACAAUGAUGCACAGUGUGAACUGAUGGUUUUUAAUGUCAACUAAUUGAUUGUUCUGUGAAACCCCGUCGUGAUGAUGUGUUCAGGUGUUCGGAAAGAUCGAACAUGCCAGAGUCAGCUCCCAAAAAGCAUCACAUGAAGUUGGGAAUGUUAUCUGUAAAUCAAGCCUGGAAGACAGACAAAAAAGAACCCAUGGACAUGCUCUGCUCCCAUGGCAGUGUUUUUGUCUUGUCAGUAUACCAGCAAAAGAGUUCCCAAAACUCCAUUUAUACAGCAAUCCCAUGCAAGUCUCUUUAAAUUGAUUUCAAUGCUAUUCUGGCUUCAACUGCAACCUGGAGUUAUCUAGGAAAAUAUGCAUGGAAAAUUUUCUGAAAACGCUGCAACACCGUUGAGUAGUUUAUUGGCUGAAACGUGCGAACCAUCAAUUUGUUCCUUUAAGAUUCGAUUCAAAGCAUCUGUCACAAUGACCUGUGAGGUAUGUACAGAUGGAAUCGUGUGGUUGAUCACACCUCGAUGACAACAGCAAAAUGUUGGAAAAAGAUUUAGAGAAACUUGAUUGAAAAAGUCCCACAAGCUUUUCUUGAUCAGGCAGAUGUGCUUAUUGCUGCAUGAGACAUCAAGAAGUCUGGGAAAUAAGUUAAAGUUUUGUGGUUCCAUGAGUGAAACAGCUGCAACCCUGACAGACACCUGGCUUUUCAAUACUAUGAUUCAAAUGUCAACAAUUAAUUUGUAUUUUUGGCUUGUUAACAUUAGCUGUGAUGACACAUUAGUAUCAGCGUGUUUGUCUACAUGCCAUCAAGUGGUCAGAAUCUAUAACAAUGUAAUACAAGUGAACAUGAAGAAAAUUUGAGAACAUUGCUGUGAAAUAGAUUUACACUGCAAAUAUUGUAUCAGGUUCAUUUUCUGCUCUGCAGCUUUGGUGUUACUGUAUACUGUUUGUAAGUGUGUAACAAGCUUGUUCAUACUAAAGCUGAUCAAAAUCAA